AUGAAAGGGGUUGAUUUACUAGUGGCAGUGGGUUGUUUUGUUGUGGGGUGGUGUGGGUUUGGUGAAGGGGAUAUGAUUUUGGUGGUGAUGGAGGGACAAGAGGAAGUAGAUGGUGGCGGUGGGGUGGAUGUGGGAGUGGGAGUGAGAGGUGGGACUAUGGUGGUCGUUGUGGGGUAUGGGGGUCUGACGGAGGAUGAAGAGACCUGUGUGAUUGGGGGUUUGACAGAACUGAGAUUGAGAUGGAUUCCACGAGAGGGAUUUUGGAAUGGGAUGAGUUUGGAGG